AUGGAUCCAUCUCAAUCUAAUAGUGGCCAGCCCCCACAAGAGGAUACUGCCGCACGCCGAAAACGCGCGGGGAGAAAGUAUACAUCUCGAGCCUGUGAGGAAUGUCGCCGCCGCCGAGCAAAGUACAUGUAUAAAUUUGUCUCCAACUUGAAGUUCACGAUUAACGCAUUCUUUAUUAGUGUGAUGGCACGCGCCCGUCUUGCUCACGAUGUCUUGAUCGAGGUAUUCGAUGCCAAUAUUCAACCGCCGAAGAUGGAAGACAGCCCGCACCAAAGGCAUAUGUAG